UGGGGUUCGGGUAUUGUGGCCGAAUGAAGCCGCUCGGGGGUGGGGAAGCGCUAGCGUUAGCUUCUUAGCCAUUUAAGUCAGCUGCCAUUUCAUGAUACGCGCCCUUAAGUAUCUACAAAGCCCAGUGUAGCCGUGUAGUCUUUGUAAAUAGGUGGAAAUGAUGCAACAUUUCACUUUUUUCUGUGGUUUUAAAUUUUGGGGUGUACCGUUAACCAGCCCUGGUUCGGUGUCACCCAUGGCCGAACCGUGGGCUCAACUCUCUGGCCUCACCCCCCCCCCCAACCACUAAUAAGCCCUGUAAGAAUAAUCGAAAUUGCACGUAGUGAACCCUACAUUACAAUGGUAUCAAGUCAAGACGUGAUUGUUUGCUUGCAAUUCUGUGAUUCUUGUCAUAGUGCGCGCACAUAUUUAUAUGCACAGAAUCGGCGUCGAGUGGACCGGGUUAGGCUCGGGUGGUCGAAAUACGUAAUAUUGUAUAUUCCAUAAUUGUGGUAGUAAUUACGACUUAAAUGCACACAUUUCGGAGCGGUGUGUAGCUUUGGAAAGCCUUCGAGGCCUGAUGAAUGCGAGUUGCGGCGUUAACACCCUUUUUUCUAAAUCGGAAAUUACAAUCUCGGAUGCAACCGAACGCUUUUAAAUUUUGUUAUAAACUCAAUUACUCUUGGGGGAAAAAAAAUAAAAAUGGGAGAAAUAUGUGAGCACUCGGUGGACGGGAAAGGCAGGGCCGUCGGUCCGUUUUCGCCAGCCAGCGAACCCGACCGACCGACCGACCGACCUUGCACAUUUCGGGAAGAGACCCGCAAAUAAGCGCCGCGACGGUCGUAAUCGAAUCAAAUGGACGCCGCGUGCUUUAACGAGAUUGUUUAGCGUGCAAAAUUAUCAAGUGCCCCAAUAGCCGGAGAGAGGUAACCGAAAAAGAGGACUAAAAUGAGUGAACUGGACCAGUUACGCCAAGAGGCCGAGCAGCUCAAAAAUCAGAUCAGAGAUGCCAGGAAAGCAUGUGCAGAUGCCACGCUAUCACAGAUCACGGCUAACAUUGAUCCCGUCGGGCGAAUUCAGAUGCGUACAAGACGAACGCUUCGGGGUCAUCUGGCCAAAAUCUACGCCAUGCACUGGGGCACAGAUUCCAGGCUCUUGGUCAGUGCUUCUCAGGAUGGCAAACUAAUUAUUUGGGACAGCUAUACCACAAAUAAGGUCCACGCCAUUCCACUUCGUUCUUCCUGGGUCAUGACGUGCGCGUACGCACCUUCAGGAAAUUACGUUGCCUGCGGCGGCUUGGACAACAUCUGCUCCAUUUACAACCUGAAAACCCGCGAGGGCAACGUACGCGUGAGCCGUGAGCUCGCUGGACAUACAGGUUACCUUUCCUGCUGUCGUUUUCUUGAUGACAACCAGAUUGUUACAAGCUCGGGAGACACCACCUGUGCACUUUGGGAUAUUGAAACCGGCCAGCAGACCACCACGUUCGCCGGACACACAGGCGACGUCAUGAGCCUCUCUCUGGCCCCGGACUCCCGGUUAUUUGUCUCCGGUGCUUGCGACGCUUCGGCCAAACUCUGGGAUGUGCGAGAGGGCAUGUGCAGACAGACCUUCACUGGUCAUGAGUCUGACAUCAAUGCUAUCUGUUUCUUCCCCAACGGCAACGCUUUUGCCACCGGCUCCGACGAUGCCACCUGCAGGCUGUUCGACCUGCGCGCCGAUCAGGAAUUGAUGAUCUACUCUCACGACAACAUCAUCUGCGGCAUCACCUCGGUGGCGUUCUCCAAGAGCGGCCGUCUCCUCCUGGCCGGAUAUGACGAUUUUAACUGCAACGUGUGGGACACACUAAAGGCUGACCGUGCUGGUGUGUUGGCUGGUCAUGACAACCGUGUGAGUUGCCUGGGCGUGACUGAUGACGGCAUGGCAGUUGCCACAGGAUCCUGGGACAGCUUCCUGAAGAUCUGGAAUUGAAGCCUGAAGAUGUCUUUUUAACUCCAAAGCCGACUGGAAGACCAUUACAACUUCAGAAUGUUCACAGCAUCUUCUUCAACACUGUUUAAAACUGACUUGGACACCACACACACACGCACACACACACACACACACACACAAAAUAUGUCGAAGGGAAAAGCAAACCUUUUCCUACACAAAGAAGAGCACAAUUGUCUUAUCACCUAAUUAAAGAAAAGGAUCUCCUGUGGUAUCAAAUCCGAAACUUGUGCAUUCCUUCUCGGACCAUUUCAUGUUACCUUGAAAGAAAAGAAAGAAAAAACAAAACACAACAACACUAUCAUCCCAUUCAAACGUGUGUGUCUUGAAAGCAAAUGUUGGAGUGUAAUUGUACAAAUUAUUUAACUUUUUUUUCUUCUUUUUUUUUUUUUUUUUUUAAAGAAUUCUGUUCUGACCGUUUGUAACUCUCAAUGGCUUUCAUUUUCGGGUCGUAUUCCUUUGGUAGUUUUAGACCUGUUUGAAUGAGAGCUUCUCCUUUCUAAUCCAGUUAAAUCACGUACGAGCGACGAGAGAUAAAAACACGCAGAAAAGCUUCGAUCAUGUUACACGAGCGGCUUUUCCCCAAAAAAAAAAAAAAAAGUCUGUAUUUAUAUACUAGCUGUUUCUUUGAUUUUUUUUGUUUUUGUUUUUGUUUUUCCUCAUCACAGCCUUUUGCACAUGAAGAAGCUUCGCCUCUCAACUAAUUACGAUGUUAAACUAACCAAGCACAUGCUAUAAGUUAUGAAUGCUCAUUCCAGUACAAAAUUGAGUUCAUAUGAGUAACUUUGUCCAGUUAUAACCCCCCGUAAAUCUUGUACAUGCUUUUGACUUUGGGUGGGAUGAGACGGCGUAGCAAGGAAGGUGCUGAGGUUGUCUGGGGCACAGCGGGGGGGGCAAUAGUUGCAUUUUUCGAUGUAGAUUGGGGUGGGCGGCAGCGACGGUUAGGGUCUUGUGUUUAGUAUCCACUUUUUUCGAGUGAAACACUUCACCUUCACUAAAUAGACACUUCCUUUGCUUCGAAACUGCAGUUGUAACUCUGUGAAUGAAAUGUACAAAACAAAAAAAUCAAUGUCUGAAUACAAAAUAAUGGUCUGUCUUUAAGUUGAGACAUAUAAUUUUGUCUGACACGACUUAAUUUAGAUGUGCAUGCUGUAGACUUGCUUUCAGUGGUGCGAAAUGAAAUGCGUACAGGAAAAAAAACAACUUUUUUUUUUUUUUUCCAUUUUGGUUUCUAAAAAAAAAAAAGAAAGAAUUGAUCUGAUUGAACGUAAUCCGAGUCAUUUUUCGGGCACCCACUCUGCAUAUUAAUAACUGGUAACGCUUUGCACCUGAGUGAGCAAGAGACUCCGUACCUAGUGUAAAAUAUGCUUACCAGUUCUAUCGAUGCCAAUUUUUAAGAAUAUAACAAUCAUUGUGAUGAUUCUCUCCUCGGCGAGCCUUUUCUCUCUCUCUCUCUCUCUCUCUCUCUCUCUCUCUCUCUCUCCUUCAAACGAGGAGAACACUCUCACACAGUGUCCAUAUUACACAUUUUUUUCUUUUUUAGUCUUAAAUUGAAAACGCAGAACAUCUGAAUGACAUUUCACUGUAUACAGAAGCACUUUUGUUAAUGUGACAUUCUCACUUUCCUUUCUCUGCGAUGUACUUCAAUAAAUGUGAUGUGUUUUUGUGUGGCCACAAGUGAAAAUGUAAUUCAACUCCAGAUGGAUUCCCACUCCCCGCACCCUCUUUCCAUGAAUAUAAUACAGCUCUGCACCCUUAUGUAGCUUUCCACUAUUUUUUUUUUCGUUUUUUUUGUUUUUUGUAUUUCCUUUUGAGUCUGUUGGUGUUCCACGGUGAGCUGGAUGCAAGAUAGAUACUGUACUAAAAUGUACUGUUAUUGAUUGAAGAUGUAAUAAAAAGCUGUUUGAGAGUUA